GGGCCGGGUCGAUCAGUUUGAAUCCGAAAAUUCCUACCAGAAAACCCCUAUUAGAAACCUAGCCGGCAAAGUAUACUGCGCGCCCCUGUGCAAUACUAAGCUUUCUCUCAACUCUUCGUAACAAUGGUGGCCGCGAAGAAGACUAAGAAGACUCAUGAGAGCACAAACAACAGAUUGGCCCUGGUGAUGAAGAGCGGGAAAUACACGCUUGGAUACAAAACCGUGCUCAAAACUCUCCGCAGCUCCAAAGGAAAAUUGAUUCUGAUCUCCAACAACUGCCCGCCGCUGAGGAAGUCGGAGAUUGAGUAUUAUGCCAUGCUUGCAAAAAUUGGCGUUCACCACUACAACGGAAACAAUGUCGAUUUGGGCACAGCUUGUGGGAAAUACUUCCGUGUUUCAUGCCUCAGCAUAGUCGAUCCAGGUGACUCGGACAUCAUCAAGUCUUUGCCUGGUGACCAUUGAUAAGCGAUAGUCUUUUGUAAGGCCUUUUAUGUUCUGGAUACGAUUCUUAUUUCAAGUUGUACAAUCUCAGAGUUUAUAUCAAGUUUUUUUAAUGUGAUA